CGACAGAUGUGUCUGGGAAGCUGAGGAUCUGGGAUACCACGCAGAAGGAGCACCUCUUGAAGUAUGAGUAUCAGCCUUUUGCUGGAAAGAUCAAAGACAUUGCUUGGACUGAAGACAGUAAGAGGAUCGCCGUGGUCGGGGAAGGACGGGAGAAGUUUGGAGCUGUCUUCCUGUGGGAUAGUGGCUCUUCCGUGGGUGAGAUCACAGGACACAACAAAGUCAUCAACAGUGUGGACAUCAAGCAGAGCAGGCCGUACCGGCUGGCCACGGGGAGCGAUGAUAACUGCGCUGCGUUUUUUGAGGGACCGCCGUUCAAAUUCAAGUUCACAAUUGGUGACCACAGUCGCUUUGUCAACUGCGUGCGAUUCUCUCCAGACGGGAACAGGUUUGCCACAGCUGGUGCUGACGGCCAGAUCUACGUUUAUGACGGGAAGACGGGGGAGAAGAUGUGUGCCCUGGGAGGAAGCAAGGCCCACGAUGGCGGGAUUUAUGCUAUUAGCUGGAGUCCUGACAGCACCCAUUUGCUUUCUGCCUCCGGAGACAAGACUUCCAAGAUUUGGGACGUUGGUGUGAACUCUGUGGUCAGCACAUUUCCCAUGGGCUCCACAGUUCUGGACCAGCAGCUGGGCUGUCUGUGGCAGAAAGACCACCUGCUCAGCAUCUCCCUGUCAGGGUACAUCAACUACCUGGACAAGAACAACCCCAGCAAGCCCUUGCGGGUCAUCAAGGGUCACAGUAAAUCAAUCCAGUGUCUGACGGUGCAUAAAAACGGCGGCAAGUCCUUCAUUUACUCUGGGAGCCACGACGGGCACAUUAAUUACUGGGAUUCAGAAACAGGGGAGAAUGACUCCUUUGCUGGCAAAGGCCACACCAAUCAGGUGUCUAGGAUGGCCGUGGAUGAGUCAGGGCAGCUCAUCAGCUGCAGCAUGGAUGACACGGUGCGGUACACCAACCUCAUGCUGCGCGACUACAGCGGACAAGGCGUUGUGAAACUGGAUGUCCAACCCAAGUGUGUGGCUGUCGGCCCUGGGGGCUACGCCGUGGUCGUGUGCAUUGGGCAGGUUGUCCUGCUGAAGGACCAGAAGAAGUGCUUCAGCAUCGACAGCCUCGACUAUGAGCCCGAAGUGGUGGCGGUGCACCCUGGCGGGGAAACAGUGGCGGUCGGAGGCGCGGAUGGCAACGUCCACCUGUACUCUAUCCUGGGCACAGUGCUGAAGGACCAGGGCAAGCUCCUGGAGGCCAAGGGCCCUGUGACUGAUGUGGCCUACUCUCACGACGGCGCCUUCCUCGCCGUGUGCGACGCCAGCAAGGUGGUCACAGUGUUUAGUGUUGCCGACAGCUACUCGGAGAACAAUGUUUUCUAUGGACACCAUGCUAAAAUCGUCUGCCUGGCCUGGUCGCCAGACAAUGAACACUUUGCCUCUGGUGGCAUGGACAUGAUGGUGUACGUCUGGACCCUGAGUGACCCGGAAACCAGAGUCAAGAUCCAAGAUGCACACCGGCUGCACCACGUCAGCAGCCUGGCCUGGCUGGACGAGCACACGCUGGUCACAACCUCCCAUGAUGCCUCUGUCAAGGAGUGGACAAUCACCUACUGAGGAGCCCCAUCCGCGAGACGGACCGAAUCAGGGACUAGAGUUUAACUGCAGCGGAACAUGUCAUUUCCCUUUUUCUGUGAUGCGCCCCCUUGCCCCCGUCCCGCCGCAGGAGGGAGGAGGGCCUCUUUGGUGACCCUCGUCUGUCUGCAGGGUGUCUGUACACGUCCUUCUGAAAGCUUUAGACAGGAACAGUUUGCACAUGAAAAAUAAAGUGAGCACUUCAACAGUGUGUGGCCUGUAACUAAAACCCAUAGCCCAACCAAACCUUGGGAGUGUGGAACAUUCCAGAGGCAGCAGCCUCAAAGGCACACCGAACCCUGCCCCCGAGGCUUCUGCUGUCUGUCGGGGGAGGCUGUCAAGGUGAGCAAGCUGCGCUCCCACGUUCCUACCUGCAGAACAUUUCUGUACUAGCGAGACAAGGGCGUGUCUGUUGCAGUCCAGCAAAGCCAGAAUUCUGUGUGGAACAGAUGUCUGUCUCUUCCGUAGUGUAUGUGUCACCACGUGGCCGCCUCCAGGUGACACAGGAGUACAUAUGUCACCUUGGACGUAUUUCGUUGUCAGAUUUUGUGCUUGGUUUUUAAGAAUGGAAUAGUGGGGUUUUUUUUUUAAUGUAUCUUAACUGUUGCCUGUCCAUGUUUACAAGCUAACGUGUUGAUGACACCAUGUCCAGGCUUUUAGAGUACUUGUUAGCCAAACGGAGGUGUCCUGGUCACCAUUUCACCAUUGUGCUUUGAUGUUUCUUGUCUUUCUCUCCCCCUUCUCCCAAGAGCAAAGGUUAAUUUAAGGGCAAAGACGAAGUCACUGUAAACUAAUCUGUCAUUGUUCUUACCUUCUUUUUCUUUUUCAGUGCAGAAAUUAAAAGUAAGUAUAAAGCACCGUGAUUGGGAGUUUUUUUGCGUGUGUCGGAAUCACUGGUAAAUGUUGGCUGAGAACAAUCCCUCCCCUUGCACUUGUGAAAACACUUUGAGCGCUUUAAGAGAUUAGACUGAGAAAUAAUUAAAUAUCUUUUGUCUUCA